CAAGCAGUGGCAGAGUGAGGAGCUCUCUUAUAAACCUCUGCCCUGCACACCAACAGCUGGGACACACCCAACUGACCUUUUUUCCAGAGCCCUGGACUCUGACAACACACGCUAGUGUUAGUGCGUGCGUCCAUGAUAUACAGGAGCCAUGAUUCCUGUGACGGAGUUCCGGCAGUUCUCAGAGCAGCAGCCACAGUUCCGGGUUCUGAAGCCCUGGUGGGAUGUGUUCACAGACUACCUCUCUGUGGUCAUGUUAAUGAUCGGAGUGUUCGGAUGCACCCUACAGGUGAGGCAGGACAAAAUCAUCUGCCUUCCCCAAAAAAUGACCAUGUACAACCAAACAAUACUCUUACCAAAUAAAACUGCUGUGCAGCCGGAUGUGCAUGAGAUGAUGGGCCGGAAAACGAACCUGGACUUCCAGCAGUAUAGCUUCAUCAACCAGAUGUGCUAUGAGAAAGCUCUGCACUGGUACGCCAAGUACUUCCCUUACCUAGUCCUCAUACACACCCUCAUCUUCAUGGUGUGUAGCAAUUUCUGGUUCAAGUUCCCAGGCUCCAGCUCUAAGAUAGAGCAUUUCAUCUCCAUCUUGGGAAAGUGCUUUGACUCCCCCUGGACUACUAGAGCUCUGUCUGAGGUGUCUGGAGAGAACCCAGAGGAGAAGGUAUUGUUGGACAUCAAGAAGAGUAGGGCGAUCCUCAAUGUGUCUGUAGAGGGGAACCUGGACAACCUGGAGAAGACCCAGUCCCUCAAAUCCAUUCCAGAGAAGAUCGUAGUGGACAAGCCCACAGCCAGCGCGCUGGAUAAGAAGGAAGGAGAACAGGCCAAAGCUCUAUUUGAGAAGGUGAAGAAGUUCCGCCUGCACGUAGAAGAGGGGGACAUCCUCUACGUUAUGUAUGUUCGCCAGACUGUUCUCAAAGUGUUCAAGUUCCUCCUCAUCAUCGCGUAUAACAGUGCUUUAGUCUCUGAGGUGCAGAUCACAGUGAAGUGCAGUGUGGACAUACAGGACAUGACGGGAUAUAAGCAUUUCUCCUGUAAUCACACCAUGGCCCACCUGUUCUCUAAAUUGUCGUACUGUUACCUGUGCUUCGUGGCUGUGUACGGAUUCACCUGCCUCUACACUUCCUAUUGGCUCUUCUACCGCUCACUGAAGGAGUACUCCUUUGAAUACGUGAGGCAAGAAACGGGAAUCGAUGACAUCCCAGAUGUGAAGAAUGACUUUGCCUUCAUGCUGCACAUGAUCGACCAGUAUGAUCCACUGUAUUCCAAGAGGUUCGCAGUGUUCCUGUCGGAGGUCAGCGAGAACAAACUGAAACAGCUGAACCUGAACCAUGAAUGGACACCAGAGAAGCUUCGUCAGAGACUGCUGACCAACCACAAUGACAGACUGGAGCUGCAGCUGUUCAUGCUGUCUGGGCUCCCGGACACCAUCUUUGAGGUGACAGAGCUCCAGUCCCUGAAGCUAGAGAUCAUCAACAACGUAACCAUCCCAGCUUCCAUCGCCCAGCUGGAAAACCUCCAGGAGCUGUCUCUGUAUCAGUGUUGCUUAAAGAUCCACACCACAGCCACUUCCUUCCUCAAGGAGAAACUGAAGGUGCUCAGGGUAAAGUUUGAUGACAGCAGGGAGCUGCCUCAUUGGCUGUACCACCUGCGGAAUCUAGAGGAACUCUACCUCAUUGGCUCAUUGAGUCCUGACGCUUCGAAGAAUGUCGGUCUGGAGUCCCUGAGGGAGCUGAAGCAUCUGAAGACACUCUCGCUCAAAAGUAACUUUACAAAGAUCCCCCAGUCCAUCGUAGAUGUGUCCAGCCACCUGCAGAGGCUGUACGUUUACAACGAUGGCACCAAGCUGGUGAUGCUCAACAACCUGAAGAAAAUGGUGAACUUGACUGAAUUGGAGCUGGUCCACUGUGACCUGGAACGCAUCCCACAUGCUGUCUUUAGCCUCACGAACCUACAGGAGUUGGACCUGAAGGAAAACAACCUGCGCUCCAUUGAGGAGAUAGUCAGCUGCCAGCACCUCCACAAGCUGACGUGCCUGAAACUCUGGCACAACAGUAUCUGCUACAUCCCUGAGCACAUCAAGAAGCUUGGCAGCCUGGAGCGCCUCUACUUCAGUCACAACAAGAUAGAGAUAUUGUCCCCGCACCUGUUCUUAUGCAACAAGCUUCGUUACCUGGACCUGUCCAACAACGACAUCCGGUUCAUUCCGCCGGAGAUUGGCGUCCUACAGAGUCUUCAGUAUUUCUCUGUCACGUGCAACAAGAUCGAGAACCUCCCAGACGAGCUCUUCUUUUGCAAGAAGCUCAAAACCCUCAAGCUGGGCAAGAAUAUGCUGUCUUUGCUCUCACCAAAGAUCUCAUACCUGGUUCUAUUGACACACCUGGAACUGAAGGGCAACCAUUUUGAGCUCCUGCCUCCAGAGCUGCGGUUCUGCCGGGCGUUGAAGCGUGGCGGCCUAGUGGUGGAGGACGUCCUGUUUGAAACCUUGCCUUCGGAUAUCAGAGAUAAAAUGAAGGCUGAGUGAAAUGCUUUACAGUAUCUAUGCAAAAGGCCCUGCCAUCCUGUCCAGGGGGUGUACUUGUACAUCAAGCUGCCUUACAUAAACAGGAGAUUGGCUUCUGCCAUAUGGGCCAUUCUGGCUUGGACAAGCCAAUUUACAUGUCUGUGCAAAAAUAAAAUGCCAAUCUUGUCUUAAUCCGACAAUCAUAGUCGACCAAAAUGGUAGAUUUUACUGUAUACUUAGCUCAUCAUGAUCAAACUCUAAACACUAUACCCCUCAGUUCGUAAUGGGGAACAUUUAUGAUAUUCAUUGGUGUAUGUUUUGAGUAUUAUGUCUAAGUGUUGCUAUAUAACAGAACUAAAUAUGGCUUUAUGUUGUAAUUUAAUGGUUCUUAAAAAUAUAAUUAGUCACAGGCAAGGUAUACUUAGCCCUGGUACCAGCCUAUUUGUGCCAGAUGACAACAAAUGCCCACUUUCAUUGAAGCCACGGAAGUUCAUGGCUGACUGCGGUUUUGCAGGCAUUGAUAGCAAAAACAGGAUCCCCAUUAUAGUGAAUGAAAAAAUGUCAAUCUUCGUGGUCAAUGCGCUAUUGCAUCUUCACAUAGGAAUGAAUGGUGUCAUGUGAUGGAUGUCUUUGUCCAUUCAUAGAUACAGUCAUUGAUUUGUGCUAACAUUGGACUGCUUGUACUUGGAAUGUUUUGCAUGACAUGGAGUGGCAAGGAGUGGAAUGAUAGCAUAAACAGAUAUGGGACCAAGCUAAGGUAUACUGUCCAUCAGAUGAUAUCAAUUACUAGAUUGCUUGUUCUUGUAUUUAUUACACUGUAAUGUAUUGUGCAGUUUGUCUAGCACGCUUCAUUCAACAUAAACUGGAUGGAUUGCAGGCUUAUAAUCAGAAAAUUAGAAUGCAUACUAGAAUGGAAAUUGUUAAGAAUUCUCUAGUCUGUGGGGUAAAAGUGGAGAGAAGCAUUCAAGGCAGUUGUGUCCUCUAGCCAUCUCUAUGGUCACUUGAGGACAGAUGGCAUUCAUGACAGGUGUGCCCUCUAACCAGCUCUAUGGCCAGGUACAAAAACGGGCAGGUUUUUUAUUUUAUUUUAUUUAUUUCACCUUUAUUUAACCAGGUAGGCAAGUUGAGAACAAGUUCUCAUUUACAAUUGCGACCUGGCCAAGGUAAAGCAAAGCAGUUCGACAGA